AUGUCCACAUCUUCAAAUAUUGCCACCAGCCAAAAACGACGACGUAAACCCGCGAAAUCCGAGGAAUCUGGCGGUGGUGAUGCACCUGCCACUACAGCCGUUAACCGUCGUCGAAAACUUUCUAAAAUAGAGGAAGUUGGUGGUGAAGAUAAAGAGUCAAGUCGAUCAGAUCACAAUACCUCUUCAAAUUCUUUAAAUGAUUACGGGCCAAGAACGGAAGAAACAAUUUUGGGUUGGAAGCCCGAACAACGUAUUCAACUUUUAGACGCUAUUCUCAAGCGACUUCCCAGUUUGGAUUGGAAGCAAAUCGCUGACGAAGUUGAUGGUAAAUCUUCUACAAUGUGUUAUGAUCAAUGGAGAAAAAAGAUGUUGAACGACAUUAGAAGGUCUGUGGCUGUUCUUCCAGAGUAG